AUGUCGCGGUGGCGCGCCGUCGCAUCCCGCCUCUCCGCCGCGGCGGACUCCCACCUCCUCCCCAGGGCCUUCUCCAAGGGCCCCUCGCCUCUUCCUCAGCCUCUGUCGAGGACCUUCGCCAAGGCCGCCGCCGCCGCCGCCACGUCGCACAGCCCUAGCGCCGCCCCCUUCGCCGCUGCCGCGGCGCCGAGGACCGAGGUCAGAGUGAACUCUUUGUUCCUGUCCAAGCCUUGUUCACUGGCAUUGCCUCCUGACUCCCCUCUUAGAGCCGAAGAUCCACACUAUGAGGGCAUUAAGCGCUUCAUGCUCACGCUGCUGCUCUUCUACAGUAAGCAAAGCAAGUCCAUCAGAGGAGCAAAUGCUGUUUAUCACCGCAUCACUUCUCAUGUCGACAAGCCUGAUAUUUAUGAAGUGUUUCAGUUGGAGAAAACAUUUAAAACAACCUUUUCGUUGCUUGUUCUCCAUAUGUGGCUCGUUCUACGUCGCUUGAAGGAAGAAGGGAAGGAUGGUGUUAAAUUUGGACAGUACAUCUAUGAAACUUACAACCAUGAUGUAGAGCUCAGAGUUUCUAAAGCUGGGGUUAACUUGCUAUUGACAAAAUGGAUGAAAGAGCUAGAGAAAAUAUUCUAUGGGAACAUUGUGAAAUAUGAUACUGCAAUGAGCCAAGAAGCAAGCCAGGAUGAUCUUGUAGAUAUCAUCUGGAGGAAUGUGUACGCUGACGAAGCUUCACAGCCAAUGGAUGCAGCUGCUAUUCCUGCUGUCCAGGCAUUGGCAAGAUAUACUCGAAGGGAGGCAACUUGUCUAUCAUUGACAGAUAAAGAAGCUAUGUUCACUGGCAACUUCAAAUUUUCAAAUGUGUUGCCAAACGUUUCCAGCCCAGUGAAGCAAAGGCGGUGAGUGUUGCCAUGGUAGAUCGGUAUUCCAUAUGAAGGUUGGUAUACAUGGACCAAGAAAGACUGAAAGGCCCAUCAGGAAUUCUGGAUUACAAAUAAUAGGAGUUUUUCAGUACUUAUUUAUUGCUGAUUUUUUGUGGCAUUUCAACAUAUACACCUCGCAUUAGCUAGGAACUUUCUCCAUGUUUAUCCUGUGCAAGCAAUACAUUUGAUUGUCUGCCCUCUCGGAAUGGAGCACAUGGUGGAAAUAUUUUCCUUUUUGAAUGCUUGUAGUAGUAUUCUCCUAUAUAUUUCGGUGGCUGAUUUGGGCUUGAGCCUCAUUCACAUAGGUGAUUGAACAGUAUCCGUACCAAUGAACGGUCUACAUCUCUCAUGGAUGAUUUGGAAAAACCGAUUGUAAACACAGCUUCUUGGAAUCUAUCAUCUGAAUGCUGCCAAAAUUUCAUUAUCUGUUUGAUGCCUUA